UUUCUCUAUUCACCUCCUGUAAGUUAUAGUCCAAGCUCUGCUCUUCAAGGGCUCCUGUUUAAGGGCGGGCCUGAUCAAAUUAGAACAAUGCCCGGACACGCCAAGAGGAGAAGUGUGGCAGAAAAUGGAGAUGCUGGGGAGGACUCGUUCCUCGCUACGUCGAUCGGGAACGGGAUGGAUUUGGGUCCAGUCGUGAGGCAUGCUUUUGAAGUGGGGCGGCCUGAAGCUCUCCUCCAACAGCUCAAGAGUGUUGUGAAGAAGAAAGAAGUUGAAAUUGAGGAUCUGUGCAAGACCCAUUAUGAGGAAUUCAUCCUCGCAGUCGAUGAGCUUCGCGGCGUCUUGGUUGAUGCUGAGGAGCUGAAAAGCGAGCUGUCGAGUGAUAAUUUUAGGCUGCAAGAGAUUGGGAAUGCUUCUUUGCUUAAGGUCGAUCAGCUUCUUGAGUCCUACUCGAUCAAGAAGAAUGUGACAGAAGCCAUCAAGAUGUCAAAGAACUGUGUGCAAGUGUUGGAGCUUUGUAAGAAGUGCAACAAUCACAUUUCUGAGGGCAGAUUCUACCAUGCUUUGAAAAUUGUUGAUGUGCUUGAAGGGAAGUGCUCGCAUAGCGUCCCAGUGAAGGCGCUAAGGAUGGUGAUACAGAACAGAAUACCAGUAAUAAAACUGCAUAUUGAGAAGAGGGCAUGUAGUGAUUUUAAUGAAUGGCUUGUUCACAUAAGGAGCUCGGCUAAGGGCAUCGGACAGACCGCAAUAGGGCACGCUGCAGCAGCCCGUCAGAGGGAGAUCUCAGCUGAUCAUGAUCAGAAACAAACAGGGGGACUAGCAGCCAAUCGCUUGGGGGGUCGAGGGGAUUCGGUACUAUACACCCUAGAUGUUGCAACACAAACUGAGGAAGAAUCCGUUCUGAAGUUUGAUCUAGCGCCUGUUCACCGCGCAUAUCACAUUCACACUUGCCUUGGGAUCCAAGAGAAGUUUCGCGACUACUACUACAAGAAUAGGCUGCUGCAGCUAAAUUCCGACUUGGAGAUCUCCUCAACCCAGCCUUUUCUUGAUUACUACCAAAGCUUUCUGGCUCAGAUUGCAGGGUACUUCAUAGUCGAGGAUCGAGUGUUGAGAGUUGCUGGCGGGUUAUUGUUGGCUAAUCAAGUCGAUGUGAUGUGGGAGACCGCUGUUUCAAAGAUGAUCUCAGUGCUGGAGGAACAGUUCUCCCACCAUAUAGAUUCUGCAGCCCAUUUGCUGGCAGUCAAGGAUUAUGUGACCCUGCUUGGAGUCACUCUCACACCGUAUGGUUACCAAGUGGGAUCACUGCUCGAGGCUCUGGACAGCAGCAGAAACAAAUACCAUGUGCUUCUGUUAGAAGACUGCAGGCAGAGAAUUGUCAGUGUCAUUGCCAAUGACUCGUACGAGCAGAUGCUGAUGAAAAAAGAAACAGACUACAACAUGAAUGUGCUUGCAUUUCGCCUGCAAACCUCGGAGAUCAUGCCUGCUUUCCCUUACAUCGCGCCCUUCUCCUCCAUGGUUCCCGAUGCUUGUCGCAUCGUGGCAUCCUUCAUCAAGGAAUCAGUGGACUACUUGUCCGGCGGGGGGCAACUUGAGUUCUACAAUUUCUUAAAGAAGUACUUGGACAGACUGCUGAUAGAUGUUUUGAACGAGGUCAUCCUCCAUAAGAUCCACAGCGGCACCACCGGGGUGUCCCAGGCGAUGCAGAUCGCUGCAAACACAGCUUUCCUCGAAAGAGCUUGCGAUUUUUUCGUGCAACACGCGGCCGAACAGUGCGGGAUCUCGGUGAGAUCGGUGGAAAGGCCUCAGGGCAGCUUAACAGCAAAAGUGGUUCUGAAGACUUCCAGGGACGCAGCCUACCUUGCUUUGUUGAACUUGGUGAACAACAAAUUGGAUGAGUUCAUGGCGCUCUCGGAAAACAUUAGUUGGACAUCGGAGGAGACGCCCCAUCUGGGACACGAUUACGUGAACGAGGUAGUAAUCUACCUGGACACGCUGAUGUCAACGGCGCAGCAAAUUUUGCCAUUGGAUGCUCUGUACAAGGUAGGGAGCGGAGCUCUUGACCACAUUUCGAAUUCCAUAGUGGGGGCUUUUCUAAGCGAUGGAGUAAAGAGGUUCAAUGCAAAUGCAGUUUCGAGGAUCAACAAUGAUAUAAAGAUGUUGGAGAAUUUCGCAGACGAGAAGUUUCACAGCACUGGGUUGAGUGAGAUAUACAGGGAAGGUGGGUUGAGAGGGUGCUUGAUCGAAGCAAGGCAACUGAUAAACCUUCUUUCGAGCAGCCAGCCGGAGAAUUUCAUGAAUCCUGUGAUAAGGCAGAAGAACUACAGCACCUUGGAUUAUAAGAAGGUGGCCUGCAUAUGCGAGAAGUUCAAGGAUUCCUCAGAUGGGCUGUUUGGGAGUCUUUCCAACAGGAACACAAAGCAGACUGCUAAGAAGAAAUCAAUGGACAUGUUGAAAAGAAGACUCAGAGAUUUUAAUUGAAGUUCACAAUUUUAUUUUUUUGGCAUUACACUUUUGGUUUCACCUCCUAAAAGGAUUCCCUUAA